ACCGUCUCAUACCUCUCCGACGGUGCACGUGAAAGCAGUGAGUGAUACGCCGUGUACAUGGCUCUCACGCAAAUCUCUUCUCAGAAAUCGUUUGGUGGCUAUCAGAACGUCUACUCACAUGAAAGCAAGAGUACUCAGGGCAAAAUGACGUUUGCAGCGUUUCUGCCAGCAACGAUUGAGAAGGAGAAAGCUCCUGUGCUUUACUGGCUGUCAGGACUCACGUGCACGCAUGAGAACUUUAUGCAGAAAUCAGGAUUUCAAAGAUAUGCAGCCCAACAUGGAAUUGUUGUUGUUUUGCCGGAUACUUCACCGCGUGGGUGUUGCAUUGAAGGAGAAAAUGACAGCUGGGAUUUUGGUAGUGGGGCAGGAUUCUAUGUGAAUGCUACAGAAGAAAAAUGGAAGAAACAUUACAACAUGUACUCUUAUAUUACACAAGAGUUGCCAUCUCUCAUCGACACCAACCUCAAUGUAGACUCAGGCAGACAGUCAAUCACUGGACACAGUAUGGGUGGUCAUGGAGCCCUUACUUGUACUCUUAAUAAUCCUGGAAUGUAUCAAUCUGUAUCAGCAUUUGCCCCGAUUUGUAAUCCCAUUGACUGUCCAUGGGGAAGAAAGGCAUUUACUGGUUACCUUGGAACAGACACAGCUACUUGGAAGCAAUAUGAUGCAACUGAGCUAGUGAAGAGCUAUAAUGGUCCUCUUUCUCAAAUUCUCAUUGACCAGGGAAGUGCUGACAAAUUCCUUCUUGAAAAACAGCUAUUGCCAGAAAAGUUUAUUGAAGCAUGUCGUGGUACUGGUAUUGCAGUUGUCCUUCGAAUGCAAGAUGGCUACGAUCACAGCUAUUACUUUGUUUCUACAUUUCUAGAAGAUCAUUUCAACCAUCACGCACAGUUUCUCAAGAACUAAGCUAAAGAAAGUGUUGCUGCAUGUUGGAUUAUGCAUUAGGACAGUAUAAUGUGUGGAAUUUGUUUACACUAAAAUUUGACUUUCAGACUUUGUGAACUGAAUACUAAGGUUUAUAACUCAA